GCCGUAAAAGAUCGAAGAAGAUUAGACUGCGGUGGCAAUGGCGACGAGCACCAUCGCUGCAAAUGCUAUAAAGGGCAGCACUACUAUGCUGUCGCUUUCUUCCUUGUGGAGAGCUAGGGCUCAUGGCUCCUUUUCUUCCUUGGUAACUCGUUCUUCUCGCAUUACUCAAUCCAAAUUCCCCAUUUUCUCCAUCUCCUUAUCACCAUCCCGAGAAAGAAGAAGAAUCUCAUCUCCCUUCUCUUCUUUUUGCACCGCUUCUACUGAUGAAGCAGUGGCGGAAUCCGUCGCAACUACUUCCGGUGAUGCUUCUGGUAACAAUGAAAUAAAUGUUAAGGACGCCGCCGGCUUGCUUGACAUAAGGGUUGGGAGAAUUCUAAGGGCGUGGAAACACGAGGAGGCUGACUCUCUUUAUGUGGAAGAGGUGGAUAUUGGUGAGCCAGAGCCCAGAAUCAUCUGCAGUGGCCUUGUCAAAUACAUUCCUCUUGACCAUCUUGAGGGCAAAAAAGUAAUUGUCCUUUCCAAUUUGAAGCCAAGGAACAUGCGUGGUGUCAAGUCUUCCGGCAUGCUCAUGGCUGCUUCUGAUGCCAAGCAUGAGAAUGUUGAACUUCUUUUUCCUCCUGAGGAAGCAGCCCCUGGGGAAAGAAUAUGGUUUGGGUCAGAAGAUGAAAAGGAAAAUCAACCUGCUCCUGCGACUCCCAAUCAGAUUCAAAAAAAGAAGACCUGGGAAUCCGUACAGCCUCAUCUUAAGACAGAUGCUUCUUGUAUAGCAAUGCUUGGGGAGCAUGUAAUGCGGACAUCUGCUGGUGCAGUGGCAUGCCAAUCAUUGCAGAAUGCAAACAUUUCCUGAUUCUGUUGGGAGCAUCAUUUUUUUAUUUGGUCAAGCAAUGCUUAUUGAUAUGCAUUUAUUUCUCACAUUGCAAUUUUGCUUGAUGUGUGAAAGUUCAAAUUGUAUGUACUGUACUAUGGAUAUGUUGCAUGGUUAAUAAGGAACUUUAGCAUUCUUUGGCAAAUAGGGCGAACUAACUGUAUACUUGCUCGUAAAUUAUAGAGAGAUUUGAAAACA